AUGGGUUCCUUUCUAAAGCUGGGUCCUUCUAUGGAAAGGGAUGCCCAGCAUUCAGUCUCUGGCAAGGAUAGACUGGUGGAGACACUGACGGCAAAUCGUGAGUUGCACGUCCAAGUGGAGAAGAUGAGCAAGAUGCAGGCAGGCAGCAUCUCUUCCCCUCAGGAUCUAUAUUCCUUGCUCUCUCAAUCAGAACACUCUUCCCCUGGAAAGAUAGAGAGACUCCAUCAGGGAAGCAUGGAAGGUGGCAGCCAAAGAAAGCAAAAGGAAUUUAGAAUGUUGAUGUGGGAGCUUGGAGAGCUGCAGCAGAAGUUGUCCCAGCAGAAAGAGGAGCACAGAUCCUUGAGACAAAGUCUUUCUGAGGAAAACCAGGCUCUGAAAGAGGAAGUGUCCAAACUUGAAGCACAGCACACAGAGAAAAUGGAAGAGCAGGAGAAACAGCAGCAGGAGCUGGCCACAGCAGUAAAGGCCCUCAGAGAGGCAGAAAGUAAGAUUGCCAACCUGGCCAGCGAAUGCCAGGAGGCUUUGGCCAAGAAAGAGGCUGCUGAGAAGUCUCUAGAGGAGGCAGAACAAAGGCUGAGUUUUCAAGAAACAGAGAGGAGAAAGCAUCUGGCAGACACUGAGGCCCAAGAAUUGAGGCACCAGCAUGUGAUCACUCGGUGUCAGAGUCUGCAAGAGAAACUGAAGGUAUGUGAAGAGAGUCUGGAGAAGUGGGAGACUCAAGUGGUGGCCCUACAAUGCCAACAUGGCCAGCUGGAAACAACUGAGGAGGAGCAACAAGGGCUGAGUUGCAAGCCAGCUGAAAGAGAAGAGCAUCCGUCCACAAUAGAGAUGGGUCUCCUGAGGGAGAAAUUAAAAAGGAGUCUUGCUGAGACAGAGGCCCUAGAAAGGGAGAGGGAGACUCUUAUGGAAACUCUGGUGUCUCGGGAGCAGAGCCUGGUGUUCACAAAACUAGAAAUGCAGGACCUUCAGAAGGAGUUGUCAGGAUGUCAAGAGCAUGUUGUUACCUUCCGGAUGUCUCUGGAGGAACAAGAGAAGGUCCUGAGGGACAGAGAAAAAGUGCUUCAGGGCUUGCAAGAACACCUAAAGGACCAAUCAACUCAGCUUCAGGAGGCUUUGGAGAAAAACACAACACUGAACGCUCAGCUGGAGGAAAUAGCCAGCAAGAAGUCUCAGCUGGAAGCUCAAGGUGCUGAGGAACGAGCCAGAAUGGAAAGUAUUUUGCAGGAACAGAGGAACCAACUGGGAACUUUUGAGAAAGAGGUGACCAAACUGCAAGAGGAGAGACAGCAGCUCCAGGUCACAGUGCAGCAAGCCCUUGAAGAAGGAGAGGCUUUGGUUAAACAAGUGAAGAGCACUACUGCUGCCCUGGAGGAGCAGACCCAGGAAGCCACACAGCUUAGAAGUGAACUGCAUAAGGUGCAAGUCGCCAGCCAAACACUACAGAAAGCCUUGCAGGAGAAAAGUGAAGUUGUGGCCUCAGCUUUAAGGGGGGAGUGCCUGCAGCUGAAAAACCAAGUGGAGCAACUAGAGCUGGAGAAAAUGCAAGCCAUCAGCAUAGCAGAGAAGCUGAGCAUAGAGUUAGGACAGUGCUGGGAGUGGCCCACAGAGGAAAGUGCCCUGCAGAGUGCAUUGGCUCCUUCCACCACUGUACUGGAUCUAGCAAUUGGGAUCAGAGGUGAAGAGAGCAGGAGCCUAGCCAAGGAAAGAGGCAUCGCAGAUGAUAACAGUCAUGGAGUGGCUGGGUCAUGGCUGACAAAAAGAGAGGUUUUUCAAGCUGAUGUGCUGCAAAAUUUGAACAGAGUUGUCAAGGGCGGAGGCAGUACCAAGCAUAGCACUGAAGUCGACAGCAAGCAUCUGACUGACCACCUAGACAAUAUGAUGGGUGAUAUUCAGCAGGUGAAGCAAAUGCUUUUGGCCAAGGAAAAGAUGACGAAGCAGUUGAUGGAGCAGUUGAGCCGGUCUCAGCAGGACAAGGAGCAGUUGCAACUGUUGCUGGACAAAAGCCACCAAGAAUUAGAGGGGAAAGAGAAGAAAUACAAAGAGGAGCUGUCAGAACAGGGGGAUCUCAUCUGCAGCAUGAAGGGAAAGUUGCUGGAGUUAUUACGGGAGAAGGAUGCCCUGUGGCAGAAGACCGAAGGCAUUGCCUCCUCAGCAGUCUGUCCAGCUCCUCAGCAUUCAGGGGGCUGUGCUUAUUGCAAAAAGGAUUUCAGGCUCAUGUCACGCCGAUACCAGUGCAGGUUGUGUCGGAGCACUGUAUGCCAUGCUUGCUCUGUGAACAGUGGAUACAAGGAACGCUGCUGCCUGCGGUGCCACCAGAACAGAAAUGGCCAAGGCACCUGACCUCUGGUCUCAUCACUUCAAUGCAUUCCUCCCAGUGGCAUUAGUGUUAGGAGUCCAGUGGACAGUUCCCUCCCUGGGUGCCAUCUGGAAAAGGAUACAGCUUCCUCUAGGGCAUGGUUGCAGGCAAAUUUAAAAGAACAGAAGCAAAUGGUAGUAAAUUGGGGGUGAUACAGUGAUAAUGUAUCACCCCCAAUGUAUGUACAACAGCAGUGAAUGCACCACUGAGAGACCUUAAAGGCCAAGUUGAGGACCGAUCAUCCUGGAGAGAAUCUAUCUAUGUGGUUGCUAAGAGUUGGCACUUGAUGGCACUCAAUCAAUCAAUCACAGUGAUAAUGAGGAACCGCUUAAAAACUAAAUUCAUAUCAGGAGUGACCUUGAGUAUCAAGGGCAUUUGCGUGGUAUUGGGGCAUCCAUAAUCUUUCUCAGACUCAGCAUAAUUCAUGAAAAGUCUGGGUUUUUUGCUGGCAUCCCUAUGAGCCAUGCAGCCCAGCAUUCAGACCCAAUUAAGCCUGUGGCCAGUUAAAUGGCCUCUAGCUUCCGUAGCAAAUUUUUUUCCUAAAAUGUGUGUAAGAGAUACAAUACUCUAGUUUAACAACUAGUCAGAUAGGAAGAGAGCAUAUUUUCUAUCCAAUCUGAGAUGGGGAGAUCUAUCUGUCAGUUUUGCAUCCUGUCACAGCUGCUGUGGAUGCCUGGGAGUCGGAUACAUAGAGCAUUCAGAUGUUCAUUGCCUUGGAACGGUCCUUUCAUGAGGCAGGGCAGUCGCCUCAGACAGUGGAUUAUUGGGGCAUUUAGCAGGGCAGUGAAAUGCCCCCCCAUCACUAUCAUUGGAACAGUAGUUUAGGGCUGAUUUGACCCACGCAAUCUUUGCAAGGAGGGUAGGAAGAGAACAUGCACCACAUCCAAAGCUUGCCUCCACCAGGGCCAUAGGGCAAGGCAGCAUUUGGAGCCCCACUUAGGAACAUAGGAAGCUGCCAUAUACUGAGUCAGACCAUUGGUCUAUCUAGCUCUGUAUUGUCUUCACAGACUGGCAGCGGCUUCUCCAAGGUUGCAGGCAGGAAUCUCUCUCAGCCCGAUCUUGGAGAAGCCAGGGAGGGAGCUUGGAACCUUCUGCUCUUCCCAGAGCAGCCCCAUCCCCUGAGGGGAAUAUCUUACAGUGCUCACACUUCUAGUCUCCCAUUCAUAAGCAACCAGGGUGGACCCUGCUUAGCUAAGGGGACAAGUCGUGCUUGCUACCACGAGACUAGCUCUCCUCUCCUCUCCUCUCCUUCAGCUGCCAGCCUGCCACAAUACCUCGGGCCACCCCUGGCAUUGCCCCACAGAACUGAUUUCUUCCAGUAUAGAGUAUCAGUACCUUGUGUUCACACACAAGGAGGCCAAGAUGAAGUGUGAAAGCAACAACUUCCUGGGAGCACCCUCCUCACGCCCUCCUGUAUUUGCUCAGCUACAGCAACACUAGCAAGAGGAGAGAAAUUUUGCCAACUCAUGCUGAGUCCAUUCCAAGUUUCAAGGCUAACCCCACAGAAGAGUUUUGUCUCAUACUUUAAACUUAUCCUAUAUUUUCCUUAUCUCUAAGUGGUGGAAACACUGGAGCAGCUGGAAAGAGUUGUUGGAGGGAGGAAUUGUGGGAGGGGAAUUGUGCCCUAUAUGGAAUGUGGGGCAUAACAGGCACCAUUUCUGUACUUUAUUUAUUGGAGCAAUAAAUAUGGAAGACUGAGAUUCCUAGUUUAAUCAUGCACUUUCUUUAAAAGAAAUGAUUACUUAUCUGAUGGCUAUUUAUGAAAAUAAAUGU